GUGGGGGUUUGCGCAAAAUCAAAUUUAUCUCCCUCUCUCUCUCUCUCUCUCUCUCUCUCUCUCUCUCUUUACAUUUUUCAGUUUUUGCUCUGUUCAAUUCGAAUAGCUAGGGUUUUUGUUAUGGGGCAACAAUCGUUGAUCUACAGUUUCGUUGCGAGAGGAACGGUGAUUUUGGCUGAGUAUACAGAGUUCACUGGGAAUUUCACAAGUAUAGCAUCGCAGUGCCUCCAGAAACUUCCUGCUUCCAAUAACAAAUUCACUUACAAUUGUGACGGCCAUACUUUCAACUACCUCGUUGAUAACGGCUUCACAUACUGUGUUGUAGCUGUGGAAUCUGUUGGCAGACAGGUCCCAAUUGCAUUUCUGGAGAGAGUGAAGGAUGAUUUCACCAAGAAAUAUGGUGGAGGCAAAGCUGCUACAGCUGUUGCUAACAGCUUGAACAGGGAGUUUGGGCCCAAAAUGAAGGAGCAGAUGCAAUACUGUAUUGAUCAUCCAGAGGAAAUCAGUAAGCUUGCGAAGGUGAAGGCCCAGGUUUCAGAAGUUAAAGGUGUGAUGAUGGAAAACAUUGAGAAGGUCCUGGAUCGUGGGGAGAAAAUUGAACUUCUGGUGGAUAAAACUGAGAAUCUUCGCUCACAGGCACAAGAUUUCAAGACACAAGGAACGAAAGUCAGGAGAAAGAUGUGGUUGCAGAACAUGAAAGUAAAGCUUAUAGUCCUGGCAAUCAUUGUUGCCUUGAUUCUGGUCAUAGUUCUUUCAAUAUGUCAUGGCUUCAAAUGUCAUUAAUUGGGGCUCUUUUUUCUUAUCAUGCCGGUUAUUGAACUCAAAAUUCUUAAUUUUUCUAGCAGUAGCCUGCCCGUUCUUUGUAAUUCGUGUCUUUUUUUUUUGGGUGAUACAUUUUGCUUUAUGCUUGUGGACGUAUGAUGAACAGUGCAUGUAUAGCUUGUCAUGCUGAAAACUGACUGUACUACCGAAAGCUUCUCCUUAGGAGCUCAUUAGGUCACACGAUUUUAACGUGAAUUAAACUUUUGAAAUAUCUGAAA